AUGCGCGCCCCGCUCUGGGCGCUCGCGUGCUGCAUGCCAAUAAUCCAAGCAAGGCGCCUCUACGGCAUCUUCCCCGGCGCGGGCGCGGCGUCGGAAGCGCUCGAGUGGCGUGGCGAGUGGCGUCGAUGCGACGCGUGCGCGCCGAUGGCGUCGGGGCGGCGCCGCGCCGAGACACCGCCACCGUCGAUGCGAGAGAGCACGCGCGAGAGACCGCACAUCCCGCGCAGGCGACGACUACCUCCAGGACUACUGGGGCCCCGUGCGCCACGCGUUCAACGAGACCUUCAAGGGGGAAUACAAGCGGUCGUUCAAGAUGGUCGACCCGACCCUCACGGCCAACUGCGCCGCCGACCUCGGCGCGCUCAAGGCCUCCGGCGCGCUCGCGGAGGACUUCCACGAUCGAGCCCUGCCGCUGGGCUGCAUGGUCCCGGACGACAUACGGGACAAAAUCGAGGAGGACGGUGUCGACUUGAGCGACGUCGUCGUCGUCGGCGCGGCGCGCGCGGGCGUGGGCAUCGACAUGUACGACUACUUGUUGGGCCAAAAUGCGACCGUGCUCUUCGUCUACGGCGCGAGCCCUCCCACGAACAACGACACCUCGAAGAACUUCUACUGGACCUUCACGCCCGACGUGGAGACCGCGGCGCAGCUCGUGGCCGCCGAGACGUGCCGCCGCUUCGGCCGGGGCGUCGAGCACCGCGUGCUGAAGCUCUACGGCAACGACCAGCCGGCGUUCGACAUCCGGGUCGACGCGCAGCUCGAGUGGCUCUGGAAGAACUGCGAGGCGAAGAUCACGAAGACGACCGAGGCCCGGGCCAGGUUCGACCAGGACCUGGCCUACGAGCUGACGAAGAAGGCGCUGAUCCACGACCCGUCCAUCACGACGAUCCUGGCGGCCAACGACCGGAUGCUCCUGGGCGCGCGAAAGGCCAUCGACGAGACGCUCAGUUGGGAGGGCGCGGCCAAGCUGAUGAUCGCCGGCUUUGAUAGGGUCGAGGAGCAUUUGUUAGACGACGACUUCAUGGUGGCGUCCGCCGACCAGUACGUCGGCGUCGCGGGGGCGGGCCUGUGGCGCGCGGUGCAGAACGUCCUGGACGCGGUCGACGCGGCGGCCGCCGCCGGCGACCCGAUCGACACGACGGACGACCUCAAGGCCUACUUCGCGGAAACGACGGGCGAGAACCUGUGGGAAAAAUGCACCGCCGACCUCGAGCCGUACACGGACGCCGCGGUCGCGCUCGCGGCCGAGACCGGCGUCGACGCCUGGGACGCCGCGGUCGCGGACGUGGAGGCGGACUGCGCGUUCUACGAGGAGACGACGACGGAGACGGAGACGUCCUGCCAGUACGCCGACGCCGAGGGCUUCACCGUGGACGCGCUGAUCCACCACACGUCCUACCAGGCUACGGUGGCGGCGAAGACCGACGACGACUCGCCCCUGCCCGUCACCGCUUCGGUGAGAGAGUUGGAAAUUCAAACCAUGGACACGGCGGGCGGGUCCUUCUCCGCGACGGCGUGGGUCGACCUGGAGUGGGUCGACACACGACUGAAAUAUGACAGUAACGUCUUCGAGGGACCCAUAAGGGUCGACAUCGAUCGCAUAUGGGUCCCAGAGAUGUACAUCCACAACCUCCAGACGCCGGAGGGCCUGCAACUUAUUAAAAGGUUGCCCGCGGAGGUGAAACCGGACGGUAGCGUUAAAUAUUCCUUCCGGACGGUCGGCGAGUACGGCUGCGACACGGACUCAAACCUCAGAAACUAUCCCUACGACGUCCACACGUGUUCCCUGGACGUGACCGUGGCCGAGUCCGAAUCCGAGAUAGAUAUUAGGGAUGGGCACAUCGUGGGGAGGAUCGAGGGCUGCGAGGGCUGGGACGGCGACGGCGGCGACGCACCGGUCAAGGUGGGCUCCCACCCCUCGGGCAAGACCGUCAAGUUCCGCUUCCGGAUCGAGCGGAACUCGCAGUUCGCGGUUAUGAGUUAUGUAUUGGUGGGCUGGGCCUUCAAUUUAUUGGGUUUCACGGUCUUCUGGAUCCGGGCCGAAGGGGCGGGCAUUGAUCGCAGCGCGGUUGCUAUUACCACUAUUUUGGCCGCGCAAUUUAUGAUGUACGAAGCCAAGGUCACGAAGGUCUUCACGUGGCUGGACUGGUACUUCGUGAUCAUGUUAGUGUAUCAGUUCCUGGCGUUUAUAUUGUUGGUGAAGAGCUCGAGGGACUACCGGCAGCAGCAGGCGGCCGGUGGCGACGAGAAAUUUUUUAUAAGGGUCAAGGCCGCCCAGAGUAAAAUCAGGAGAAGGUCGAAGGCCGACGACUGGACCUUCUGGCUCUUCAACCUCAUGUUCGCCGGGCUCGAGACGAACGCCUUGGAUAGAGCGGCGAGAAGGAUCAUGGUCCCUUCGUUUUUUGUGGUCCAGAUCAUUAUUAGUUUCGUGAAUCCGGCGCCACCCGUGUUCCAGUCCAAGAUCAUCUGGGAGCGGGCCGGCUUCCAUAGUGGCUUGUUUUGGCUCAACUUUUUACUACUACUAUUCUACGCCGGGCUCUUCGCCACGGCCUGGUUCCUGGGCCAGUUCCACGAGGACGAGUCGUCGGAGCUGUCGCAUUUCAAGAAGGCCGAGAAGCGCGUGCAGGAGGGCAUCGUGCGGCUCGAGACGGUGUUUGAAUUGCACGGCGCCGAUAGUCUAGACGUGCAGACCUUCUUCCACAAGUGGAAGGAGACCACCGAUAAACUACGAUCGAGGGAGGACACGAUCAACCGGCGGCGGGCGAUGCGGACGCCCGUGCACGACGAGCGCCGCGUCCAGGACGGGAGCUGGCGCUCGCCGAAGCACUCGCCCGUCGGUCCCGUCGGCUCCGUCGUGGCCGUCGUCGGCGCUGGGGAUUUACCGCGGCCGCCCGCGGUCCAGAAGCCGCGGUUCAUCUUCGAUCCGACGCGGGUCACGUGGUAUUGGGAAGAAACGCCCGAGAGGAUUUCCCAGCACCCCGUCGUGCGGCCGCCCUACUGGGUCCCGUUUGAUGAAAAAGCGGCGAGUACGCUGGAGCAGGCCUUGGUCCAGGAGCGGUCGCUGGUGCAAUUGUCUGGUGGCAAGUACGUCGCCGACCUGCGGACGAUGACGCAGAAGAACCAGCAGACCUCGUAUUCGCGGCGCAUCCUGCGCGAGGCGUCCCCUUGA